GCACUCAGGGAGGCAAUCGGUAAAGAGGUCGAUGUGUGUUACUGUCCAAUUGAGCAAUGCACCUGGUUUGUCGAGAUGAAAUGCGCUGUGGGCGCCACGUGCGGUAAAUGUGGGUACAAUUUUUGUACACGGUGCCGCAAACGUUACCAUGGUGAUUGCGACUACGACGAGGCCCGUGAACGCCAAAAAGUCGAGCAUGAACAAAUGUCCAGCACCACGGUUACGAAUACUACCAAGACGUGCCCCACUUGUUCAGCGCCCAUUGAGAAAAAUGAGGGUUGCGACUAUAUCAUAUGCACCAAAUGCAACAAUCAGUUUUGUUGGCUAUGUAAGGCUAGAUGUGUCGGACACAGGCACGUCGCACCGGCCCACGUACAAGUGCUGUCGCACGACAUCGGCUCAUUAAUUAUCACGUUUGAGUCACCCGCAGGCGCUAUGGCCGACCAAUUUGUCAUGGAUGAUAGUUUAAAACGCGCUAGGUUGAAUGUGAGGCAGUGCGCGCCGGGUGUCUGGCGACUUCUGCUUACCAAACAGCCGGGUGUUAUACGCAAAGCCAUUAGGGCUCAGGUGGUGGUCGAAAGUGAAAUGUCUGGCACAGGCAGUGGGUCGGCCAUUGAGUUGUACGUAGGUAUUAGGGGCCAGGAGGCUAAUUGCCCACCACUGUUGGUGUGCCGACUGGACAAGGCUGGCGGACCAGUGUUGGGCGCCCACCUCACGGCUACGGUUGACCGACCGGAUGGCACCCAAACCCAUACACCCCUCGACCGCUAUCACACCGACGGCUAUUAUUAUAACUAUUUUACUGAUUAUUGCGGUGCCGGACGUUAUAACGUUAGCGUAUUGGCGGUCAAUGACGGCCCAAACACCACAUUCCAAGAUAAUGAGCUGGGUGAAUUCCGCAGACAGCGUGUGGCGCAUAGUUUUCAAUUGAGACAAGACCUGCCGGCCGUACCCCCGGACGACCACCUAUUUGACCAACUGGUGGCCAACGGGACGUUUGCCCACUUGAAGCAAAGAGACACUAGUGUGCAAUUUGUUGAGCUAGAUCACUCGCACCCAACCCCUGCAGCCCCGGUAGCGGCCUUACCGUCCCGACCCCCGAUUAGUCGCGAAAUGGCCGCAAAAAGGGGCACUCUAUCGGUAGAGUAUAUCAAGAUGAAAAAGGCGAUUAGAAAUUCAACAUUGUCCGAGUCGGAUAAAUUGACCAAGCUCGACCAAUUGUCCGAUUUUAAUAAGUACUUGACAUCCACUCGCGAUACCAAUGAUGACGAGAUUGAUAGUUACCGGAGACGGUUGGUUGACAUAAGAAACACCCUCUAGUGUUACCAUCUAUUGCUUAAAUAUUGAAUAAUAAUUAUGAACAAUU